UUCUUCUCAUAAAUUCUUUCUAUAACCGUACUUUCCAAUUUUCACUCUCUUAUAUAUUCAUUUAUUCAUAUUCAAAAAUCAACCCUAUAUUCCACACAGCCCAACUCAACAACUGUCCCUUCCUUCUUCGUUCACUUCUCCUAAACUAGGAAUCAUCACUCCACCGCCAAAAACAAAAACAUACUACAAAUUCUAUAUAUUAUCCUGUGGACAUUCAUUUACUGCUGGCUCUUUUCUUGAAUGAAACAACCUAUAUUAAUUCAACCUCAUCAUCAUCAACAUUUUUCUCUCAACAACAACAACAACAAAGUUGACUGUUUUCUCUGCUGCUGCGGGGUGGUGGCCCGGCCGAGGUGGAGUUGUUUUCCGACUACUUCUUGUAAAGUUGGCCGCUUCUUUGUUGGGGUUUUGUUGUUUUCCGGGCGUUCAAGAAGAGCCAGAAUCUAUGGCUGGUGGUCAUGAAGUCAACAUCAAUGAAUCUAAAAGGGUAGUUCCAUUAAACACAUGGGUUCUCAUUUCUAACUUCAAGCUAGCAUACAAUCUCCUCCGCCGCCCUGACGGAACAUUCAACCGUGACUUAGCGGAGUUUCUUGACCGUAAAGUGAACGCCAACACCAUUCCAGUUGACGGGGUUUUCUCUUUCGAUCACGUCGACAGAGCCACCGGUCUUCUCAACCGGAUUUAUCAACCCGCACCGGAAAACGAAGCUCAAUGGGGCGUUAUUGAGCUCGAAAAGCCGUUAAGCACUACUGAAAUCAUCCCCGUUAUAAUCUUCUUCCACGGAGGAAGCUUCACUCACUCGUCCGCAAACAGCGCCAUCUACGACACCUUCUGCCGCCGUCUUGUCAGCACGUGUAACGCCGUUGUUGUAUCCGUUAACUACCGCCGGUCACCUGAGUAUAGAUACCCAUGUGCGUAUGAUGACGGCUGGGCAGCUCUAAAGUGGGUUAAAUCAAGAACUUGGCUUCAAAGUGGUAAAGAUUCAAAAGUUCAUGUGUAUCUAGCCGGUGACAGCUCCGGCGGAAAUAUAGCUCAUCACGUCGCCGUAAAAGCAGCCACGGCGGAUAUUGAAGUACUUGGCAACAUACUGCUUCACCCCAUGUUCGGCGGCCAAGAAAGAACGGAAUCCGAGAAAAGAUUGGAUGGGAAAUACUUCGUAACGGUGCAAGAUCGUGAUUGGUAUUGGCGAGCAUUUCUACCGGAAGGGGAAGACAGAGAUCAUCCGGCCUGCAAUAUAUUCGGUCCGAUGGCGAAAAAAGUUGAGCAAUUGAAGUUGCCGAAAAGUUUAGUUGUUGUGGCUGGUUUGGAUCUUGUUCAAGAUUGGCAAUUAGCUUAUGUUGAAGGGCUACAAAAAAGUGGGCAUCAUGUGAAGCUUCUUUAUCUAGAACAAGCUACAAUUGGGUUCUACUUUUUGCCCAAUAAUGAGCAUUUCUAUAGCCUUAUGGAGGAGAUUAAAAGCUUUGUCAAUCCUAAUUGUUAAUACUCUAAUACUACUACUUAACCUUACCUAUAGACCAUGGUGCCCGGAAAUUUCUCGAGUUUUUUGGUUCAACGUUCCGUGUUUCGAAACCCAUUUAGGUGUUUUCGUAUCUAUAUGGUAUGUUGCACCUAAAUUUCUCGACCCCUAAAGUUUGACAUCUUCGUAUCUCGACACCCGUCUGGGCGUUGCUCAAUUGGGCGUUUUCAGUUCUGAUUUUGUGCUAGAUAGUCUAUAGGCAGCCAAAUGCAUAACAGAAGAUUGACACUUCACUUGGGUUAUCUUUUUUUGCCUUCCCUUUUGCAGUGGUGGUGUGUAGUUAUAAAGAUUGUGUAGUAUUAUAUACUUGUUAACAUGUCACCACUAUAGGAUUGGUGGUGAUCUGAGUUCUGCGUCUUUGGAACUAGAUAUAGAAUUUACAAUGGACCCUGGUUCACUUUUCUGGCUAUAAAUAAUGAGGAAGGAACAAGUGUUGAGGGUAAUAUUUGAUGAUGAUCAUCAAUUGGUUCAUUAAUUUUCAGUUUAACUUAGAAAUGGAAUGUAUCCAUGUUGCUAUGAACCUGUUUGUUAUACUUGUGUAUUAGAAAUAUAUUAAAGAUUUUGUUUGCUAAA